AUGCAAUUUUCUCAUGUUCUCUCGCCGGUCACUAUUAAACUUUCCAUCCUCUUCCUCUACAAGCGUAUUCUCGUUGGCGAGCGGUUCAUUCUGCGUGUUAGACGAAUGAGGGGAAAUGCUUCAACUUUAAGAGUUUUGCAGUUGGAUGCGUUGAUUAGCAUAUUGCCUUUGCCAAAAAUCCGAAAGCUACACUUACCUGUUGGCCAAAAUAUGGCACUCUUGUUGAUAUCCACUCUGGGACUUUUUGAAAUCGCAUCUGCGUUGACGCCAAUAUUUGAUCCUUUAUUGAGCCCGCGGUUGGGAUCAUAUGCACCUGCCUUUUUGUUACUCAUAUUAUUUUACUUGCUAUUAUCCCCGCAUCUUAACGCUCAGUGUUUUCUCUCCAUUCAAGCCCAUCUAAAGAUGUUACAAGUGGUCAAUGAAAUUCAAAUCAAGAGCCAAACAGGAACAUCGAAGAAGGAUCAUAACGACGCAGGAAUUGAAGAUGCGCUAGAGUUGAGACUUGUAAAAGGAUUCGGACAACAGGAAUCUGGAAAUAAAAUUGUGGUCAAGCAAGAAUAUGUAGCUAUAAAAAAGGGCGUAAGAGCAGCUGAAGGCGUAUAG